UAGGAGGUGAAAGCCAGCGCAGACAGGCGGGUAGACGGACCGUGGUGGUGGUUGUGACUUGUGGCGCUUAGCUCUUGAGUUCAGCACUCAACAGUGUCCGUGCGGUAGUGAAAGGUGCUAUGUCGCGGUACGGAGUGAACGUUGUCCGAACCAUGACCGCGUACGCGCGAUUUUUUCUUUUAUGUGCCAUAUUUGUGAAUGUACAAUGCCAAAAAGAUAAAGAAGCCGAAGAAUUUGUCUGCCCAGAAGGCACACAGGGUAAUGGGAACUUUGCAGACCCAGCGACAUGUAGGAGGUUUUAUCAAUGUGUAGACGGAUAUCCAUAUUUAAAUAGAUGUCCGUCAGGUCUUUAUUUCGAUGACAUCAGCAAAUAUUGUACUUUUAAAGCUGAGGCAAGAUGUGGACCUAUUGCAACAACACCAGCUCCAAUAACGGAGGCACCAACGGAUCUGGCAACGAAAUGCGACCCGGCGGAAUGUCAGUUGCCAUAUUGUUUUUGUUCAAAAGACGGUACACUCAUUCCCGGCGGUCUCGACCCGGAGGAUACGCCACAAAUGAUAAUAUUAACAUUUGACGGUGCGGUCAAUUUGAAUAAUUUCGACUUAUACAAGAAAGUUUUCAACGGGAAGUUGCGCAAUCCCAACGGCUGCCCGAUCCGAGGCACUUUCUUCUUAUCGCACGAAUACAGUAAUUAUGUCAUGGUUCAAAAAUUGGCUCACGAUGGUCACGAGAUAGCGACAGGUACGAUAUCGCAACAACAGGGCCUGCAGGACAAAGGCUACGAAGAAUGGGCGGGAGAAAUGAUCGGAAUGCGUGAAAUUCUGCGCAAGUUUGCGAACAUAUCGCGCUCGGAGAUCGUUGGCACGCGGGCGCCUUUCCUCAAGCCCGGCAGGAAUACGCAGUUCAAGGUAUUAGAAGACUUCGGCUAUAUCUACGACAGUUCAGUGGGAGUGCCGCCUCUGCCCAUCCCAGUGUGGCCUUACACCCUCGAUUACAAGAUUCCACAUGAAUGCAAAUCUGGAACAUGCCCGACUAAAUCAUUCCCCGGUUUAUGGGAAGUACCUUUUAACGCGCAUUAUGUGGAAACUUAUGAGGGAGGCCAUUGCCCGUAUUUAGACCAGUGUGUGCUACAUAACCAUGAUUCAGAUGAUGUACUAGAAUGGCUUCAAGAGGACUUCAGCCGGUAUUACGAGCAAAACCGAGCGCCAUACAUGAUGCCUUUCCACACUAAUUGGUUCCAAAUUAAGGAAUUGGAACGAGGCCUCCAUAAGUUCUUACGAUGGGUGUCUGAAUUGAAGGACGUAUACUUCGUGACGGUGACGCAGGCGCUCACGUGGAUGACGGAGCCGCGUUCCGUGAAAUUGCUGAGCAAUUACGACGCGUGGAGAUGCGACAAGAAAGACCUCCCGCUGCCGGCGUGUAACUUGCCCAACAAGUGCGCGCUGUCCUUCAAACACCCCGACACGAAUUUCACGGACACGCGCUACAUGGAGACGUGCGUGGAGUGUCCCAAUCAAUAUCCGUGGUUGGGUGACUCGGGCGGAACGGGUAUUCCCGGCAAGGACAAUUACAUACCCGAUAAUCUCAGAAAAUGAUGUAAUUUAUUGCAACGAUGACUUACAGAUGACGGACAUUAGAGUUACCUAAUAUCUACAAUGACAAAA